AAGCAAAUCAGUUUUUGCUUAUUUGCUUGGAGAUCAGCUAUCUCAGGCCAAUGUGUAUUUCUCGGAUACCCAGGGUUACAGCUUUCAGAAGUUUGUGCACAAAAGACAGAGAGAGCGGCUUCACCCCAGACACUUGGGAAGAAUGUCUAAAGGCAGGCAGAAAGAAUCUACUCUGCUCUCAAGUUCUGCUCCUGUGCCAGGAAUUGGGUCACACGGGUAUGGAGGCAGAGAAGUCUCACAGUCUGCUGUCUUCCCUCCGGAGAACCGGGAAGGCUGUCUAUCUAAUUCAGACCGAGGGAAAGGGCUGAGAACCAAGGGGCUGCUGGCACAGGACCCCAAGUUCAAGGCCCCCGGAGCCAGGAGCUUGAUGUCCGAGGGCAGGAGAAGGUGGACAUCCCAGUUCCAGGGGAAGGAGUGGGCUCGCCCUGCCUCCACCUUUUUGUCCCAUGAACUGGAUGGAGCCCACCACAGGGGUGAGGGCAGGUCCACCUCGCAGGCUCUACUGAGUCAAACACUAACCUCCAGAAACACCCCCACAGACAGGCCAUGAAAUGAUGUUCCCCUAGCUACCUGGGCAUCCCUGAGCCCAGUCAAGUUGACAUGUGAAAUUAACCACCACAGGUCCACCCCUUGUCAAUGGGGCAGCCAUACCCAUCUCCUUGAACCAUACUUAAUAUUCAAACACAGACCCUGACACGAUCAGAAUUCCACCCAACAUGGUGCAGCCAUCAUUUGGACCACCGGAAAAUCACAGCGCUCCUGGGGAGAGGCGGUAAAAUCCUAGAAAGAGGCCCAUUCCGCCCAUAAUGUGCCAUCAUUUACAUACCAGUCAGUGCAAUAGUCUUUGCUCUGUGUGUGGCUGUGUUUCAUGGCCAAGGGGUGGAGUUCCCAAGCCUGUGGUCUAGAGCCAUCACUAUUCACCCUCUAAGAUCAAAGCCCCCUGGGAGUUCUGCCAGCAGGGAAGAGGGGCUGCGAUGUUGGGGUGGGGGUGGGGGAUUGGCAGGCUGCCAGGACAUCUGGCCAUCUGGUCAGGUUGGGUGGCCAUAGCAGACCAUAGACGGGGUGACAUAAGCAACAGCUGCUCCUUUCUCAGAGUUCUGGAGGCUGGAAGUCCAAGACCAAGGUGCCAGCAGGACAGGUUCCUGGUGAGGACCCCUUCCUGGCUUGUGGACGGCCGUCUUCUCACUGUGUGCUCACGUGGCGGAGAAAGCACACUCUUGGGUCUCUUCUUGUAAGGGCACUAAUCCCACCACAGGGGCCCCGCCCUCAUGGCCUCAUCCAAACCUAAUCGCUUCCCAGAGGCCCCACCUCCAAUACCAUCCCACCGGGGGUGCCGUCAUCUGAAUGUUUGUGACCCCCACAAACUGGUAUUUUGCCAUCCUGCCUGAUCUGAUGGUAUUGGGAGGUGGGGCCCUUGUGAGUGGGAUCAGUGCCCUUAUAGAAGGGCCCAGAAAGAUGACUAGCCCCCUUCUGCCCCGUGAGGACGCAGGGAGAAGUCUGUGCCCCAGAAGUGGGCCACCCUUGGCGUCUCAGACGUCCAGCCUCCAGAACUGUGAGCAAUAAAUUUCUGUUGUUUACCAGCCACUCUGUCUGUGGCCGCUUGUUAGAGCACCCCGAACGGACCAAGACAGGGCGUUAGGGCUUCGGCAUAUGGACUGGAGGAGGCACGAUUCAGUCCAUGGCGCCCCAGGUAAUAGUAAGAGGCUUAAAUAAGACAGUCGUCUGCCUCUGUCGUACCUGAGAGGUGUCUGGAGAUAGCCCGCUGGGCUGCCGGGGCAAACUGCCCCUCUGUCCUGGGGGGCCUUGGCCUCACGCUCCAUCCAGCUUGCCUGCUGGGCACUUCGCGGACCAGCCAAACAUCAGCACAGAGGAGCCGAGGCAGGAAGGAAGGAUGCAGGGAGGCCCCUGGCGCUCAGGGCCACACCACCCGCUCAUACCAACACCGCCUUCACCCGAGGUUCUGCCUUACAUGCCGCAGCUCCAAAGAGGGGAAACUGAGCAUAAUAAAAAAGACUUUCCUUCAUUUCAGCUUGUUACAGAGUCUGGAGUUAAGUCUGCAGUCAGGCUUCGGCUCAGAACAUGCUCACCCGCAGUGUCUGUUGGAUUGUUUCACAGGCAGAACCGGACGUGACCUUGGGUGGCAUCUUCUACUUCCACUCCUUGUCACAGGUUGGGACACUGCUCGUCAAUCAUGGGCAGGCCAAGUUCAGCUACUCGGACCACCCCCUGAACCUCAGCUUUGUGCUGCCCUUUAACUACAGUGAGCCCCUGGAGGUCCUCAUCGUCCCCGGACAGAGAGGCUUUCUCAUCUUCUGGUUUGAGAAUAGCCUCUUGGUUUCCGUAAAUGAAGGUCAGCUCGUCAAACCCGUUGUGGUGCAGAAAGGACGCCGCAUAUUGUAUUCUUCCAUUUCUGAAGCCAACAUCAGCAUCCGCGGCGUGGCUGCCAAUACACAUCAGCUGGCAGUUCUAACACGGGAGAACACUUUGUAUUACGGUAACCUGGGAUACCUGUCAAAUUCCCUGAUCAAAUUUCCGAAGCAAUACAUGUGGUCCCAGGAGGCAGCCCUGAUGUUCACGGACGUGGGGAUGCUGGAAAUACUGACUCCGGUGCCCGAUCUGGUGUUUCCAGCUUUUGAUUUCCAGAAGUGCCUCGUGAAUGUUCAGGCGAUUCUCAUGGACCUGCACGUCGACGUUUGCAAGGUAGAGCUUCUGGAAGGAGACUUUGCAGACAAAAUGUAUACCAUUGACAUGAACGGCACAUUGGAGCUGACAGCGCUGAUGGUUCCCAAGGCAGGCACGUCACCAGUGCCGCUGCCAAUGCUGAGCAACCCCCACUCCCUGGGGAUACAGGAUGCCAUCAUGUACGAAGACGGCUACAGGUACGACGGGAGGACCAUGCACAGAAUGAACAUUUCCCUGAGGCAGCAGCAGUUCUGUGGCAGGGCUGACGCCAACUUCACUUCCGACAUAAAAAGACCCACAAUGUCCACCAUCUCUCUGGACAUAGACGACAAGGAAAUUUCCUGUGUGGACCUCAAGCCACUGACGGCGCUCAUCUCAGUGGGCUGCGACCACGAGAAAGAGAUCGUCAUCCGGAAGGAGGUCUCGGCCUGCUACAAGGGCAUUCUGGACACCAUGGCCCUGAGUGACAGUUACAGCUACGUCAUUGAGAGGGACGCCUACGACCCCAACUUCAGGGGGCAGAAGGCCACUAAGGACCAGGUGGUGCACUACCCGUACGACAGGCUGGGCUGCCCCGACCUCGUCUACUACGACACCCCAUGGAAGCCCGUGGUGGAGAUGUGGCGGAAAGGAAAGUUCCAGGAGGUGGUCCACACGGAGUACGUCCUGCUGGAGGUGAACGGGCUGUUCACGUACACGUACUCCCUGAGCGCCCGCAGCGCGCUCUGCAGGGCCCAGCCGCAGAACUGGACCACCGUCAUGCAGCCCGCGGGCGGCGAGGGGCGCUCGGCCUGGCACCGGGAGAACUACGUGAGCUGCCACGACGCCAACAACCACGCCCCCUUGAGGUGGCCGGAUGUCCCGUACCAGAUCCUGGGAGGCCCGACUGCAAACAAGGUCCUUUUUCACGAACGGAACGGGAUAUACAUCUUCCGCAUUUCCAUCGUGGAUCCAUUCUACAGCUACUGUCGCCUGGAGACCACCUUCAGUGUCUAUGUCUAUGGGGCUCUCCCACCCUCCAUCAUCCCAGUUGAGAUCUCCAUCGUCCUGCUCACGGCAACCAUCCUUCUGGGCACGUGGCUGGCCUACAUAGUGCCCACACUGCUGCACACUGGAAGGGCCUACUGUUCAAGAGGUUCUGGACCAGUCUGUACAGGAGGUACAGAAACUCCUGGGUGCAUUUACAGGGCAGGCGCUGAGUGUGCACCGGAGGGGUCUAGCGUUGCCUUAAAAUAAAGUGUUAACAAAGCAG